UCUUCCUCAUCCUCCCCUCCAUCUUCCUUCUUCCAUCUUCCUUUCAUCCUUCUCUUUCCCUUCUUCGCACACACAUCACAAUGGCCUCCCGUGGACUUCCCCGUGCCCUCCGCCUGGCCCGCGUUGGUGCUCCUCGCUCCGUGCUCUCCGCCGCCCUUCCCCGGCCCGCCCUCAAGGCUGCCGCUGCUGCCGUUCCCCGCGUGACCGCCGCCCCCAUCACCCCCGCCCGCGGUGUCAAGACGAUGACCUUUGCCGACAGCCAGGAGACCGUCUACGAGCGUGAGGACUGGCCCCGUGAGAAGCUCCAGGAGUACUUCAAGGACGACACCCUUGCUCUGAUCGGCUACGGCUCCCAGGGUCACGGCCAGGGUCUCAACCUCCGUGACCAGGGCCUGAACGUCAUUGUUGGUGUCCGCAAGGAUGGUGCCUCGUGGAAGGAGGCCAUCCAGGACGGCUGGGUGCCCGACAAGAACCUCUUCGACGUCGAGACCGCCGUCAAGAAGGGAACCAUCGUCAUGAACCUCCUGUCCGACGCCGCCCAGUCCGAGACCUGGCCCCAGCUGAAACCCCUCCUCACCAAGGGCAAGACCCUGUACUUCUCCCACGGUUUCUCCCCCGUCUUCAAGGAGAAGACCAAGGUCGAGGUCCCCACCGACAUCGACGUCAUCCUGGUCGCCCCCAAGGGCUCCGGCCGCACCGUGCGCACCCUCUUCCGCGAGGGCCGCGGCAUCAACUCCUCUGUCGCUGUCUUCCAGGACGUCACCGGCAAGGCCAAGGAGAAGGCCAUCGCCAUGGGUGUCGCCGUCGGCUCCGGCUACCUGUACGAGACCACCUUCGAGAAGGAGGUCUACUCCGACCUGUACGGUGAGCGUGGCUGCCUGAUGGGCGGUAUCCACGGUAUGUUCCUCGCCCAGUACGAGGUCCUCCGCGAGCGCGGCCACUCCCCCUCCGAGGCCUUCAAUGAGACCGUCGAGGAGGCCACCCAGUCUCUCUACCCCCUGAUCGGUGCCAACGGCAUGGACUGGAUGUACGCCGCCUGCUCCACCACCGCCCGCCGCGGUGCCAUCGACUGGUCCGCCAAGUUCAAGGACAACCUCAAGCCCCUCUUCAACGAGCUCUACGACGCCGUCCGCGACGGCACCGAGACCCAGCGCUCCCUGGACUACAACUCCCAGAAGGACUACCGCGAGAAGUACGAGAAGGAGAUGCAGGACAUCCGCGAUCUCGAGAUCUGGCGCGCCGGCAAGGCUGUUCGCUCCCUCCGCCCCGAGAACCAGAAGUAAACACCCUCCUACUUCUUCUCUCUUAAUUUCUUUUGCAAACACGGGAUAUAAAAAAAAGAAUGAUCCCCUGGGGGGAAAAGUUUUUUUUACGACUGUACUAUGAUCUGAUUACUUUUUUCUCUUUUCUUUUUACCAAAACCUACCCAUUGGUGUAUAAUCGGGAAUCUCUUUUAA